AUGCUAGCUUCCGCUGGAUUACCGCUCAAGAAAUGGGCAUCGAAUUCUCCUGAAGUUCUUGGGGAUGUACCACCUGAUGAUGUGGCAAUUCAGCCGUUCCACAAUCUUCAGGAUGACCAGGCCGUCUCCACGCUCGGCCUCAUUUGGGAACCAAAGUUGGACAUACUCCGGUUCAAGGUUCAGUUGCCGUUAGCCGCAUCCGUACUGACGAAACGCAAGGUGAUGUCGUACAUCGCCCAAAUCUUCGACCCUCUUGGACUCGUGGGUCCAACGAUCACCAAGGCCAAACUCUUCAUGCAGCGACUUUGGGCUCUGAAGCAGAAUGGCGAAGCAUGUGAAUGGGACACGCCGCUCCCGUUUACACUCCAAGAAGAAUGGAAACUGUUCCAUAACACACUACACCUGUUGAGUGAAGUUCGCGUACCCCGCUUCAUUUCGAUGCCCGACGCCGUCAGCAUCCAGCUUCACUUCUUCUGCGAUGCGUCUGAGCGCGCAUAUGGGACAUGCUGUUACGUCCGAACCGAAGCACACGGCACAGUUUCGGUCCAGUUGUUGGCGUCCAAGUCCAAGGUAGCUCCGCUUUCUACUCGCCAGACAAUCGCCAGACUGGAACUCUGCGCCGCACAUUUGUCGACCCAGCUGUACAAGAAGCUGAACGCGACGCUGAAGCUUCCUGCGACUGUUCAUUUCUGGACAGAUUCCACUACUGUCCUCCAAUGGCUUCGCGGGAACCCGAGUCGUUGGAAGACUUUCGUCGCAAACCGAGUCUCGCAGAUACAGCUUUCAACCGAUCUCAACCGCUGGAAGCAUGUUCCUGGAGUCGACAAUCCUGCUGACGACAUUUCCCGAGGAUUGAGUCCUACUGAUCUCCUCAACCGUACACGAUGGUGGACUGGGACACAGUGGCUAGCAAGGUCUCCGGAUUUUUGGCCAAAUCCAACGUUACCCGCAGCAGAAACUCCAGAAGUGUCCGCCGAAGGACGCAAGAUACCACUAGUUGCCAUGACCACGACACAACUGAGUUUCUGCACUGAUUUAUUCGCUCGCUACUCCAACUUCUCCAAGCUGCGCCGAGUGACAGCGUUCAUUCAGCGUUAUCUGCACGUGCUUCGUGAACGAGCCUCGCAACGUCGUUCGGAAAAGGAGAAGUACAAGCCACUCGUCAUCCCGAACAUUAACCCGCACCCAGUCCAUCCGCUUACCGCACAAGAACUCCAACACGCCGAACUUACGCUCUGUCAUCUCGCGCAGGGUGAACUUUUCGCUGAGGAGAUUUCCGAUCUCGCUAGUGGCGAACGUGUCGCAAGAUCUUCCACGCUGAAGUGGUUGAACCCGUUCGUCGAUCCCGAAGGCACCGUACGUGUCGGUGGCCGGCUUCGCAAUGCCGCGCUGACCGAUGCGAAGAAACACCCGAUCGUCCUCUCUGCCAAGCAUCCGCUCGCUGUUCUGUUGGCUAGUUUUUAUCAUUUGAAGCUACUGCACGCAGGCCCCCAACUCCUGCUAGCCACUCUCCGCCAGAAGUUUUGGAUUCUGGGCGGCAGAAAUCUUGUGAAAUCCGUCUUUCACCGUUGCCACACUUGCUUCCGUAGCAAGCCCACACUAGUCCAGCAGAGCACAGCAGAUCUUCCGGCAUCGAGAGUAUCUCCAACCCGACCGUUUUCCGUCUGCGGAGUCGACUAUUGCGGACCUUUCUAUUUGAAGUCCGCUGUCCGCAACCGUGGCCCAACGAAGGUGUACGUGGCCAUAUUCGUCUGCUUCUCUACGAAGGCAGUUCACAUCGAGCUAGUGAGCGACCUGUCUACUCCAGCGUUCCUAGCUGCACUCCGUCGUCUGGUCGCCCGCAGAGGAAAGGUGGUAGAGUUGCACUCUGACAACGCUACCGCUUUCAAAGGUGCUUCGAAUGCACUGAACCGCAUCUACCGCAUGCUGAAGGUCGAUGAGUCUGAUCGGAAUCAGAGCUUCGACUGGUGCUCCGACAACGAAAUUCGCUGGAAGUUCAUCCCACCUCGAGCACCACACUUUGGCGGUCUUUGGGAGGCUGCAGUGAAGUCAGCGAAGACACACCUGUUGAAGGCAAUCGGCAACGUGAACGUUGCGUACGAGGACAUGCUCACACUGCUGGCGCAGAUAGAGAUGUGCCUCAAUUCUCGUCCGCUGACUCCAAUGCCGGACGAUCCGUCCGAUCUCGAGGUCCUUACGCCAGGACAUUUUCUCGUCGGGAGCAAUCUCCAAGCUGUUCCGAAGCUGAUCUGA